AUGUAUUCCCAGCUCGACGCGUCCCGGAAAGAAAUACGUCUACUCCAUGUUCACCCGGGGGCCUGGGAUGAUGAUAUCGAAUGCCAUCUCGAGACUGCCUCGCUGAACGACAACCCAAAAUUCUACGCGAUCUCGUAUGUUUGGGGCGACCCAACGAUAACGUUACCCAUCAGGAUCGAUGGCGAGACGCUGGAGAUAACACAGAAUCUGCGCAAUGGGCUGCAACGAUUGCGGAGAACGGAUGAGGCCUUGAUCAUCUACGCAGAUGCAGCCUGCAUCAACCAGUCAGACCUCAACGAGCGUUCUGAACAAGUACAGCUUAUGGGCGAAAUAUACAGUUUGGCGGAAGAAACGUUCAUCUGGCUCGGCUACGGACGCAGCCCGCGAGCACCCUUCAAACGACCGGCCACCGUCGACUGGACUGGAGAUGAAAGAGACGUCACAACCGUGGAUGCCUACUUCAAGCAGAGCAAGAUCCGAGAUGGUGGAAGAGAAGAGCAAAAGGAGGCAGAGGACGUACUCGGCUUCUUCGUUUACAUACGAAUCUGUGGCAUGGACAAGCACGUAGGCGAAAUCCCCUUCUUCACUGUAGAGAACGGGCGGCUGCUUCGCAAGGAGGACAAUGUGUUCGGUGUACUAGGCCUCGUCACAGACUGGCAAGGUACAUCGCCCAUUAUCCCUGACUACAGUCUCUCUCCGAAAGAAGUCUUCAUUCAAGCGACCAUCAGGGAUAUACGCGGUACCCAUUCGUUGGGUGCAUUGAUGGGUAGAACCAUGGCCGGCGUAUCAGGCAUACCAUCUUGGGUCGUGGAAAUCAGCCCGAAAACGCCAACACAGUACGCAGUCGCACAGCUCAAAGUACAUCGCUCAGCACUAUAUUCAGCGGCGGGCGGAACGGCAGCCCACAUCGAGAGAAGGAAAGAUGUACUCACGGUAGACGCUUUCGAGCCACGCCAGACAAUAUCACAAGUCUCACAGAUAUUACACACGGAGCGUCUCACGUGGAGAAACAUCAUAGACACCCUUGAAACGUGCUAUCGCAUGAUCGAAGCGGAGAAGGAAAACGUCUUCCGCGCUUUGGGAAACCAGUCGUUGGAAGAAGCGCUCUGGCGUGUCUUGACGACUGACUGCUGGGAACCGCUUUCGUCGAACCCCGCUGCUUCGUCCAAAGACUCUUCGCGAGAAAACAAAUCACAGAGAUUCGGCAAUACGGAUGUCACGCGCUUGGGACGGAACUUGCAGACUUGGUGUCAAGCUCGAGCCACUAAUCCUGAUGCCGCGGGAAGCCUACAUGGCGACGAUCUUAGCGACGAUCGCUUUUUCUAUGAGUCGUGGUUUACGUCGGGCUUUGAUCGGAGGUUCUUUGUCACGACAGAUGGUUAUAUGGGUGUAGGCCCACCGGAGAUGCUUCCGGGUGACUCUGUCGCUAUUUUGUUGGGAGGACGCGUACCGUUCUGCCUCCGAGCAGCUGAGGAUGGGACUAAAGGUCACUAUACGCUCGUCGGAGAUACGUAUGUGCAUGGCUUGAUGGAUGGAGAAGGCGUUCCGGCGAAUUGGAAGGAGCAUGUCGUUAAGAUACACCUCCAUUGA